AUGUUUGCCGGACACCUGGCCCCUGUCCUGGGCCUGCUCAGCGGGUCCUGGCUGCCCACGGGUGAGGGUCUCCUCGCAGCUCGGGAACCCCCAGCCACACCACAGACCCCCGGGGCUGACCCCCGGGGCUUGUCGGCAGAGGUCGUCAGCUGGGCUGCCUUCCUGGACCGGCAGAAGAGGGGCCGGCUGGGGACAAGGGGAUCCCCGGGUUCAGCCGUCCCUGUGUCUCUGCCCCUGGACCCACAGGUGGCCGCGUGGGAAUCCUGCAAAGCUGUUUCCUUCACACAGGUGCUGUCCCGGCCCGGCUGCUUAUCCACCCGCCUCCGGAACCGCGUCUGCUUUGGUCACUGCUCUUCACUCUAUGUCCCCGGCUCGAACCCGGGCCCCACCGUCCUCUGCAAUGCCUGCACCCCCGUCCGCCAGCACCGGGUCCCCGUGGCCCUCUGGUGCCGCGGUCCUGGGGCCUCCCGGCGGCGGCGGAGGGUGGAGACGUCGGCCCUGGUGAUCGACGGGUGCCGGUGUACCCCUAGGGCCUGA